AGCAGGUCAGCGGCUCAACGUGGAGGAGAGGAUGUGGGAAUGCUGACAUCUGCAAGCCAGAGGUUUAACUGGAAGACGACCACAGUCGGGCUGACAAUCGACGGCCUCAGCAACCUCCAAGAAACUCCGAGACAUGUAACUUAAUGUGAAGAGAUUUGUGUCCUGUAGGGCACCCCGAAGCUCUCCGCCAAUCAAGGUGCCUCCCAACGGCUCUCCGCCAUGAGGGUGCGUUUCUCUCGAAAAUUGGGCACCCUGGCCAAAGCUUGCUUCCUGCUCUGGAUUCUCUGGCUUGGCUACCUUGUGUUAGCGCGCUCCUCUUUCCCCUCCUCUUCCCCAGCAGAGGAAGAUAACGAGGAACGCGAUGUCCACGUGAGACAGUUCACCGCAGAGGAGAGCGCGUCCGAUGGGCAGCUUAUGAGGCCCCUCUAUGUUAAGGCAGCGCCAGACGGCACUGCGCCUGGGGAGUGGGGUCGGGCCACACACCUCAGCCUCAGCCCUGCGGAAAAGAAAGUGGAGCAGGACAGCGUGGAGCGCUAUGCCAUCAAUAUCUACGUCAGUGACAAGGUUUCCCUCCAUCGGCACAUUCAGGACAACAGGAUGAGUGAAUGCCGAAGUAAGAGGUUUGACUACCGGCGUUUACCAACCACCUCUGUAGUCAUCGCCUUCUACAACGAGGCCUGGUCCACGCUGCUGAGGACGAUUCACAGUGUCCUGGAGACGGUGCCUGCUGUACUGUUAAAAGACAUCAUCCUGGUUGACGACUACAGUGACAGAGGUUACCUGAAAUCCAAACUUCCUGAAUAUGUGAGCAAUCUGCAGCGAGUGCGGCUAGUCCGCACCAAAAAAAGGGAAGGUCUGGUCCGAGCACGUCUCAUUGGUGCAAACUUUGCUACGGGAGAAGUGCUGACGUUCCUUGACUGCCACUGUGAGUGCGUCCCUGGCUGGAUUGAACCUCUGCUGGAAAGGAUUGGUGAGAAUGAAAGUACCAUUGUGUGCCCUGUGAUCGACACCAUAGACUGGAACACGUUUGAGUAUUACAUGCAAACAGAUGAGCCGAUGAUCGGAGGCUUCGACUGGAGACUCACCUUUCAGUGGCACUCAGUCCCUGAACCGGAACGGAAAAGGCGCAAGUCUCGCAUUGACCCCAUCAGGUCUCCAACAAUGGCAGGUGGCUUAUUUGCUGUGAGCAAGAAGUACUUUGAGUACCUGGGAACAUACGAUAUGGGCAUGGAGGUGUGGGGAGGAGAAAACCUGGAGCUCUCUUUCAGGGUGUGGCAGUGUGGGGGAAGCCUGGAGAUUCACCCUUGCUCUCAUGUGGGCCAUGUGUUCCCUAAAAAGGCCCCCUACGCACGGCCCAACUUCCUGCAGAAUACUGUCCGAGCUGCAGAGGUUUGGAUGGACUCUUAUAAACAACACUUCUACAACAGGAAUCCCCCCGCCAAGAAGGAGACCUAUGGGGAUAUUUCAGAGAGGCUGGUGCUGAGGAACAGGCUGAAAUGCAACAGUUUUGACUGGUAUCUGAAGAACAUCUACCCUGAACUUCAUGUUCCAGAGGACAGGGAAGGCUGGCAUGGGGCUGUUCGCAAUUUGGGAAUCCACUCAGAUUGUCUGGACUACAACGCUCCAGAUCAUAGCCCGACAGGUGCCCACCUUUCUCUGUUUGGCUGCCAUGGCCAGGGAGGCAAUCAGUACUUUGAGUUCACAUCUCAAAAGGAGAUCCGGUUCAACUCAGUAACAGAGCUGUGUGCUGAAGUAGUCCAAGGGCAGACCUCCAUUGGGAUGAGGCACUGCCCCAGUGACGCAGAGCCCAAACCCACCAGCAUCAUUUGGGAGUUCAGAAAGGAUGGGACCAUCUACCACCCUCACUCUGACAUGUGUGCAACGGCCUUCCGCACAUCGGAGGGGCGCACAGACACACAGGUACGCCGGUGUACCCCAGGAGACAAAACCCAGCAGUGGAAGUUUGAGUGGUAAAAGAAGAACAAUGAUAGAAAGUAGCAGUGAACCUCAAGUGACCUUUAUUUUUUACCAUAGUGCAAUUACUACAGUGGAUGUCUUCUGCUCUCGCUCUCCAAGACCACACUCCAUUUUGAAUGGGAAUAGAGAGCUAAUACAAAGAUGGUGAAAAACUCAUCAUAAGCCAAGGACUCACCCUGUUCAGUGCUUUUAUGCCCAUGUGAAUGUCUCAAGAGGAGCAGAUUGAGGCUGAGUGAAUGAGAAUUACAUGUCAAGGCUUAUUUGGUCUUGUUACAGAGACCAGCUGAACUUUAGACUUUCAACCUGGGUGCUGCUUUUCAUCCAAGUGCCUCUGCAACCAAAAUGAAAUGAAAGAGUGCAUCAGAAUAAUCUUUCUUUAAAAAAAAAAAAAAAAAAACUAAUACAAGAACUUGAAACCAGCUAAAUUGAUCUGAAUACCCAGCAGCACACCAAGAAGUGCCUUUGAGACUGAAGACAAAUUCCUAAAUGAAACUACAUGCAAAAAGAUCAUGCUGCACUACAAAAUGCUACCUUAAUGUGCAAUAGAAGAAAACAAAAAAAGCAAAGUCAUGAUGCAAAGAAAACAUGGCAGCGAUGUAGUGCAGCUGCAUGUUGCCCCUCACUGACUUUUUCCUACGUGCUCCAUCAUGUGAGAGGUUAACAGGGAGAGAGCGCCGCGGUCAUACUAGACUGCCUCUCAAAUCUAUCUCUCGUCUGCGGAGCCGGUUCCACGGUAGAAUGCUGCCUGAACAAGACCUGAAGCAUUCAUCAAGGGUGGUACUCAGUGCAAUUCGUCCCAGAGGGCUUAGAGAGUUGACAGGAAUGUUGUAAUCUAUUCUUCCCUGUUGUGUAAAAUUAAGAAUACCCUCAAGACUCGUCUGUCUGUCACUGUGCUUUUUCUGAAGAAUUGUCACCCUUAAAGGACUGUUUAGUGCCGAAAUGAAAUGUGCCAGUGGAUGUCAAAUAGAACAUUUAAAAUGUUAAAAACAACCCUGGCUUGAUGUACUUGAUGUGUAUUAAAACACAAAAGCCUUAAAAGUAAAACCUGUUUAAUUUAAUUUAAUACUUCAAUUUGCAGUGCCAGACUGUGUAAGACUCCAGUGUGUAAACUUUACUUGAAAAAAUGUCAAAAACACUUCCUUGCCGCCGCCCCCCCCC